AGUCACCAUUCCUCCUCCUUCUCCUCCACCACCACCACCACCAUCAAUACCGCCGUCCUGUCUUUUCUUCUUUCCAUUUCCAAGCUUCUAAGUUUUCUUUCAUGACAUCCAAAUUCCCGUAAAAACCAUAUUGAAAACCCUAUUUUAAUUUCAAUUUUCGUCUUGUUUUGGUUUGUAUGUGCUUUUGUUGACUGUAGAUGUUAAAGCCAUGGAAGGAGCUCCCACAAGCACCCCUCCACUAAGCACCACCACAGCACCCAAAUCACCCGACCCGGACACCGAAACACCAGUCGGGAUUGAACCCACCACCAAGCCCAAAUCUUUCACCAACGGCGUCCUCAAGCGUCACCGCCACAGCCACCACCAAGCGCCGCCCAUAGUAGUGAUCUACAAAGAAUGUCUCAAGAACCAUGCAGCCACUUUGGGCGGCCAUGCUUUAGACGGCUGUGGUGAAUUCAUGCCGUCCCCAACGGCCACCCCAACCGAACCAACCUCCCUCAAGUGUGCCGUUUGUGGCUGUCACCGCAACUUCCACCGCCGGGAACCCGAAGACCCACCACCCAUGACAACAGCCACUGCAACGAUAGAAUACCAGCCUCACCACCGCCACCAUCCACCUCCUCCCGCGACUCAGCAACGACCGCAUCGUAGUCCAAACUCAGCUUCCCCUCCGCCGAUCUCGUCAUCUUACUACCCUUCAGCUCCCCAUAUGCUUUUAGCUCUUUCCGGCGGCCUUAACACAAAUCUGGGUUUGAACUCGAAAAAGCGAUUCAGAACAAAGUUCAGUCAGUUCCAGAAGGAGAAGAUGCUGGAGUUCGCCGAGAGAGUUGAGUGGAAGAUUCAGAAAAGAGAUGAAGAAGCCAUCCAAGAAUUUUGCAAACAAGUUGGGGUUGAUAGAGGAGUUUUGAAAGUUUGGAUGCAUAACAACAAGAACACUUUUGGGAAGAAAGGUCAGGCCAUUAAUGGCGGAGAAUCUGCAAACAACAACAACUACAUUGAUAGUGGAAUCAGCCAUGACAACGACGAUAACAACAACAACAACAACAAUGGUCAGAAUCUGAACCAUCACUUUGAAAGUGUUCAUCUUGGAACUAAUGGCUCUGCUUCAUCUUAAUCAUGAUUAUCAUGAGAAUCAACUUUUUUUUUUCUUUCUAAUGAGAAGAUAAUAAGCUGUUAGAUAGAUUAAGGACUUGUUUAUUAGCUGUUUUUCUUUUACCUUUUUGUUAUUUCUAAUCAAUGAUCAUGACUUUGUUGAGAAUA